AUGCCAAUCGCCAUCAUUCGAGGAAUCAGUCCGUUGGGUAUUUUCCUGGCAUCAGCAAUAUUAAACAAUACGAAACUAGCAGUCGUUUAUGAAACUAGAGAACCAGCGUGGACUUCUACUAGGAAGCAUAUUCCACAACGACUAUGGCCGUCAUUAGAGAGAAUAGACAAGUUUGAAACAUUUGUUAGUAACGGACGCACGUUUGAGAAGCUUGUCGACCAUGUUAAGUAUAAAUACGGGCAGGAGUCGGUGCGACUCGUCAUCGAUGUCUCUAAUUACAUAAAUAAAGGAGAGGGAUCUAUCGAAAACGCUGGAUCGAGGACUUGCAAGAGCUGUUACGAACACAACGUUUAUGGAUUGGCGAUGUUGAUGAAAUUCGCAGGGCCUCUUCUGCAGACAAAUUUCAGCCGCGAUAGUUUACCAGGCAUGGCAAUAGUGCUUAGCACCAAUUAUGUUGAAUCUACUAUUUCCGAUGAUGAGAAAACCAAAUUUCUGACACAACUCGACAGUACAAGCAAUCUUUACAAAGAUAUAGACUUUCGAUACUCAUUUAGAAUGACAAAGACAGCCCAACUCGCAUUAUGUAGAUCUAUUGCCAACGAAUUCGAAUUAACAAAGCGAAACGCUGUUGCCCUAUCGGUAUAUCCUCGGUUCCUAAGCAGAGCCAAGCACCCAGAUGGUAAUUUUAUGGGACCAGAUCUAACUGCCUCGUAUAUAUUUGAGUUGAUUACCGCACUGAGUAAAGAAGAAAAUGGCAAAUUCGUUGAUUUGGAGGGUGUACCAAUACCAGAAUGA